AUUGGCCUACCAGAUUCGAUCUUGAUUAAUGACUCGAAUACUGUUCAGGCUAACUGCUUUCCGUCAUUCGACUGACUUAUAUUCGACAACAUUACCAAAAUCUACAUAUGUAGACCCAUCAGGGCGGAUUUGAUCAAGAGCUAAAUUAAGCUACGGUACCUUUCAACUAGACAACUUAUUCAUUACCUAAAUACCAUAUCCCUUCUCUUUUCGAUUUAGAAAUACUUACCUCCUCCGGUGUUGUAAAAGAUGGCGGGCGGCGAUUUGUCAGAGGAAGUGCUCAACGCCAUUAGCGUCAUUGAGCGAGUCGGCUCCGUUUUCUCGAUGUUGGGAUGUCUUUUCGUCAUUCUCACAUUUUCCUUCUCAAAGGCAUUCCACAAGCCUAUCAACCGACUCGUCUUCUACGCAUCCUUCGGUAACUUAAUGACGAACGUGGGGUCGUUAUUGUCAAGGCGAUAUGUGCUGGAGAUAGACACAUUUGGGUGUCAAUUCCAAGCAUUCCUCAUUCAAAUGUUCCUACCCGCCGAUGCAUUAUGGACCCUGGCAAUGGCAUUCAACGUAUACCUGACCUUCUACCACAAAUUCGACGCUGCCAGACUCCGAAAGAUGGAAAUUUAUUAUCUCUUAUUCUGUUACGGUAUUCCAUUCGUACCUGCCCUCACUUACGUCUUCGUGAGGACUGAGAAGGCUGGGAGGAUGUACGGAAACGCCACGUUAUGGUGCUGGGUCAGCUCGGAAUUCGAUAUCUUUCGAAUUGCUACUUUCUAUGGGCCAGUCUGGGUCGUUAUCUUACUCACUAUGUUCAUCUAUAUCCGAACAGGCGGGGAGAUAUACAGAAAGCGAAAACAACUACGCCAAUUUGGAGCUAGCAGCAGUGCCCACGACCCUGAGGCGAUAACCAUGGACGACCCUUACUCAAUAAAGACGACCGAAGUGACUGUCACAAGCGAAUCCGCCCAAGAAAGCGCGAAUGGGAUUGACCUUGCGCCGCUCGGUCGAUUCAACGAGAGGCCUAAGCCAGCAUAUUCAGUCAUGAUCUCGUCGGAUAACAAAAAGGGCAGCAUGUCACAACAAGGGGGUAACACACGCCCUCCUCCGAGUAACAUCCCACCAACUCCUUCAACCGCUAGGGCACAAGCGAAGUCCCAAAAGCGAAGGGCGAAUUUCGAGGCCAACAAUGCCGCGUGGUCUUAUAGCAAGUGUGCCCUCCUUUUUUUCACGGCACUCCUUGUAACUUGGAUUCCGUCUUCGGCCAACCGUGUGUACAGUCUUGUCAAUACGAACAAAACAGAGGCAUCCCUAGAGAUCAUGAGUGCGAUCGUAUUGCCGCUUCAGGGUUUCUGGAAUAUGUUGAUCUACAUCGCGACCAGCUGGGAAGCGGUGAAGAUCACCUUCACUGAUGUGAUGACUCACAUCAACGGUCACCAUCCCGAGCCGAAUCGUUACCCUAGCGACUACAACGACAAACACAAUUUUGCAUUUAGACUUUCGAGUCGGAGCCCACGAAGGGAUGUCGAAAGUGAAAGUAUGACGGAGCUAGCCAAUAGUGGCAGGACGUCUAAUUCCGCCCAUGACUCUAAGAGAUAGACGUUACGAGCGUACUGAAAAUGGAGUUACGACAUGUAUUUUCGGGAUGAGUUAUUUCACUUCUUGAGUAUAUUUUGAAAGAUACCUUUCGGUUAUAUUAGAAUCUUAUUCGCCAUAUACCCAGUCAUCACUGAAUUGGAUUGGUCGGUUGGUCUACCGAAUGAUAUAUU